GUCCGUCUGAAUGGAAGAUGGACAGUGUGAGUGUGCACAGUGUGUAUGUGCUGCAGCAGCUGCAGGAGCAGCGUAUCCAGGGUCUGCUGUGUGACUGUAUGCUGGUGGUGAAGGGAGUGUGUUUCAAAGCGCACAAGAACGUGCUGGCGGCCUUCAGCUCAUACUUCAGGUCUCUGUUCCAGAACUCUCCUGCGCAGAAGAGUGAUGUGUUCCACCUGUCCAUCCAGGAUGUGAGCGGCAUCGGGCAGCUGCUGGACUACAUGUACACCUCACACCUGGAGCUCAACCAGGAGAACGUACACACACUGCUGGAGAUCGGCCAGAGCCUGCAGGUGCUGAACGUCCUGAACAUGUGUCAUGCGUUCCUGAAGCCGUGUGUGUCUGCAGACUCCGCCUCCUCCUGCUGUGUGUCUGCGGGGCCGGAGUGUGUGUCGGGCCCCGGGGCAUCGGAGCCGCAGGAGCCGCCGCACACACAUAAGCUGCGCAGCUUCUACAGCAGACAGUACCUGCAGCAGAGCCCAGCGGCUGGCCCCGCCCCCAGCGGCCCCGGGGCCCCGCAGCACAAGAAGACCCUCUACCUGAAGAAGUUCAACUACCUGCGCUCGCAGGAGGAGGAGGAGGAGCGCUGCGCUGGAGGCCACGCCCCCUGCGGCCCAGCCACACCCAGCAGCGCAGACACCACACCCUCUGACCUCUGCGUGACCCCUGACCUCUGCGUGACCUCUGACCCUGCUGAAGCUGCAGAACUGGAGAGAACACCGGAGGCGGAGCCUGGUAACACAGGGCCGCAGGGUCAGGAGCAGAGGUCAGGGGUCAGCGGCGGCGGGAACAAAUACUGCUGUGAGGUGUGUGGGAAAACAUUUAAACACCCCAGCAACCUGGAGCUGCACAAGCGCUCACACACAGGUGAGAAGCCGUUCCAGUGCAGUGUGUGUGGGAAAGCGUUCUCACAGGCUGGAAACCUGCAGACACAUUUACGGCGACACUCCGGAGAGAAACCGUACAUCUGUGAGCUCUGCGGGAAGAGCUUUGCAGCCUCAGGUGACGUGCAGCGCCACAUCAUCAUCCACUCGGGGGCUCGACCCCACCUGUGUGACGUGUGUGGAAGAGGCUUCAGCAACUUCAGCAACCUGAAGGAGCACAAGAAAACACACCGAGCAGAGAGAGAGUUCACCUGCGACCAGUGCGGGAAAUCCUUCAACAUGCAGAGGAAACUGCUCAAACACAAGAGCAGACACAGCGGAGACAAACCCUACUGCUGCCAGACCUGCGGCAAGUGUUUCGCGGGUUCAGGUGAUCUCCAGCGUCACGUGCGCUCUCACACAGGUGAGCGUCCGUAUGUGUGUGACGCCUGCGGGAAGAGCUUCUCUCGUACGGCAGUGUUGCGCAGACACCGCAGCGCAGGAGUGUGUGUGUCCAGCACAGCGGCCCCCGAGUGUGUGUGUGCGCCACAGCGGCCCGGAGAAGUGUGUGUGUCCAGCGAAGCGGCCCCAGAGCCGGGCCCCGAGGAGCUGUGCAGCAGCGGAGCGUUGUGGGGACGAGCCAUGAAGACCCUGCAGAGCGACCUCUGACCUCCAGCGGCCGGACCCUUCCUCUGAGCAGUGUGCUGCUGAUGUAGUGAGAGGUCAGAGGUCACGCAGGUGUGCUGGAGCGUCUGCUGAGCUGAUCAGAGACACACACACACACACACACCUAACUGUGAACAUCACAAUGCGGACAUCUGCUGCAGAAACACUGUGUGUGUGUGUGUGUGUGUGUGUGUGUGUGUGUGUGUGUGUGUGUGUGUGUGUGUGUUCACACGGACUCCUCUUCAGUGGUGUUGGUGUGGUUCUGCUCCACUGUGCUCCUGCAUUACUGACUGCUGCUCCUGUAGGGGAGAGGGACAGUGGGGGAUACUGCCCUCAGAUCAGCCGGUGCUGAACACUUUCUGGCUCUUACAUAGAGUAAACAGCAGGUUAUAGAGUGUGUGUGUGUGUGUGUGUGUGUUCGUCUCUGUGUGUGUAUGUUUGUGUGUGUGUGUGUGUGUUUGUGUUUGUCUGUGUGUGUCUGUGUGUGUGUGUUUGUCUGUGUGUGUGUGUGUUUGUGUGUGUGUGUGUUUGUUUGUCUGUGUGUGUCUGUGUGUGUGUAUAUGUUUGUGUGUGUGUGUGUGUGUGUGUGUGUGUGUGUUCCACUAUAGAGGGCAGGAAGGCAGGUUUUCUGCGUGGUCUUCAGUACGGAUCCCUCAUCUUCUUCCCCGCAGUGCUCAGUAAUGCAGGCGGUGAUGAUCUGCGUCACGGCUUCAGUCAGUAAAUGAGCUUAUAGUGAAAGCAGCAGCAGAGCAGAGUCAGUGUGAACACAUGCAGUGUUGAUGAGCAGAACAUGUGUCAGAAUGAAGACUCAAAAUCAGCCGAGUGCUGCAAACUGUUCACGAAUAAAUGAGUGUGUAUCCGUCA